CUAUACUAAGAACAGCUACUUUCUGGAAGAAAUAGAAGUUGAGAGAACCUCUCAAACGAUUCCUCUACUACUGCUGGUAUGGCACAACAGCCUACCAUAGCAAAAUCCCCAGAGGUAUCAAACGAGGACUCUUCGAGUCUCUCAAUUGUCGAGCCUCAGUCCUGCAGUGGACCGGAUACACCUCGAAAUCCACCUGUUUUUGAUUUUCACUCAGCGACAUGUGCAUCGAGCAUCAUGAAUGGUCUGAAGCUUCGGCUCAAAAAUUGUACCACCACUCAGCUUGCUUCCUACACAUACGCCUUGUACCCGUUCAUGGACAAGUGCGUGGCUGUGGACUGGAAAAUCAUGGUCACUGAUGAUGUGCAGAGUCAUCACAUUCGUUGCCACCAGUUACAGGCUGGGGACAAGCUCUCAGUGCUAUUGUCUAACUUUAAAAAACAACAUGCCAAAGCUGUGAUCCUCAUCAAUACACAGGACAACUACUCUAUUGUCCCUCAGUUCCUGGAAGGUAUGAACAAGAACACCAUCCCAACGGUUGUCAUUACUCAAUAUGACGGUAACAUCCUGCUGGACAUUUUGGACAAAAAUCGUGACAAUGUUCAAGCCCGAUUGGAAGCUGAGAGUGAUGUGGACGUCCUCGUUGGAGGAGGGCAUGGACAUUUUAUCGGCAAUGAACCGGCUAUACGAAAUCAGAAGGUCAAUAAGGGCUUUGGGCUGAUGGAAAAAUUCACGGAACACAUGUUUAGUGAGGAAAAAAGGCCAGUGCUUGUAUCAAAUGAUCCAGCCGUGUUCACUAUGGUGAUGUCCACCCUCACAAACUAUGAGAAAUGGGCAAAUAAAGACAAUAAGCACCCCACGGUUAACAAAGCCCUGAGGAGGAUAAAGCCACACUUUGACAAGCUAUUUAACAAGGACCUUCCCUUCUACCUGGUGUUUGCCUAUCGUCUUUACAUCAGGUCUGCAUACUACCAGUGUGACGACAUGGGAAAGUUUAUCACAGCAUGCCUGAAGAAGAUUGAGAGCUUUGAAUACAAACAACUAGCUCAAAUAAUAAACGACUUUAUCAAAAGAGGAGACUUUCAAGUGAUGUAUGGCACUACAAAGGAGGAAGAAAGUGUGAGUAUGUUCUCGGUCAUGGAGUGUGCUUGUCUGGUGUUGUCGAAGGUCUCUCAAAAUCUGGAGAGUCAGAGUCAAGGGCCUGCCAACCCAAGACCAGUUCUCCCCAAGUUUUGUUGCAUAACAAUGAUGUGGUUGUCAUUGGCUCUCAAGUUUCACAGUGAGUGUAGCAAAGUUACAAGUGUAAAUCUCCGAGAUUGGUAUGACAGUUUUUUCAAGAAUCAUCAUCGUAUCAUCCUUAACGACGAUGUGAUCAAAGAUUUGGUGGAAGGAAUGGAUUUUGUUCGUCUCCUAUACCUACCAAAUGAGCUCUGUUUCAAAUUUAAACACAUGGCUGAUUUAGUUUUGUCAGAAAAAUUCAUUCGACCGUUCAAACAUCUUAGGAACUUCCUUCACUCCAUGGAGCUGUUUCUUGAGACAAAGGAUGAACUGUUUUUGAUGCUUGUUAAUAUCAGGGCUAACUACAUGUCCAAAAUAAUGGAGCCAGGCUCUAUGGCCAAAGUCAGCACUCUUGGAACUCUAAAUGACACCAUCACUGAGGCUCUCAAUUUUCUAGACUUAUUGCUGGAUGUCUGGGACAAGCGCAAGUUCAGAGAUGAGUCUAUCGACACUGAGUGUACCAACUGGCUGCAGCUGCUCUUGGGGUUGGUGGAAAUCACUCGGGACCACUCCCACACACUUCUCAACAGUUUCUUAAGGAAAUAUGGUGUCUGCAAAAAGUAUAAAAAACUUAUCUGCAAACAGAUUCUUGAAACUGUUGAACAAAACUUUGGCAAAUUGAGUAUUGAGCAAUUCUUCAUUCUCUACAAGGCCUUCAUAAUCUGGCCCAACAAAAAACUGCCACGUGGUACUUUAUUUAAUGAUCACUAAUCUGCAAAAAAAAGAAAUCAAGUUCUUUAAGAAAAUGAGUGCGCUACUCUUUCGAUGUUCACUUUGUGAGGAUAGAGGCGAAAGAAGCCUUAAAUUCUUGGAGAGGUGUAAGACUGUUCACCAGAGAUUGACUCCAGCUGGCAGUUCUCUUUUGGACAAUUACAGCUUGUUCAAUAUUUUAUCGGAUGGGUUCAUCAAUGAAGCCACAAGUCAUUUAAAAGGUUUCUGACAUACACCUACGUGUAACGAUGAUAGCUUCAAACACUUCCCGUGGAUCCCUCCGGAUACUAUGCCGUUUCAUAUCCACAUCAGUACUGUAUCAUCUAUGCAUGGUAAUACCAAUUAAUUUAUUUUACACAUGCAAUACACAUGCUGCAUGCAUGGGAAGAUUGAGAUUACAGAUGGACUUCGAUAACUGAGAGCGAUAAAGAAAACGAAGAUGGAUAAGCAAAUUAAAGACGGGCAGUGAAACCAGACAGCAAAGAACGAGAUGAAAAGGAAAACUGAAAAAAGAGUAGGUCAUCAUUUUCAGCAUCAAAUGUAGACCGGUAAUCAACAUAGAUGACUUGGGUACCUCUCUCUGAUGCUCUGCAUACUUAUUAGAACGGAAAGUUGAACCGAACCUACAUUAGUAAUACACUCAGGAUAUAAUUAUCUGUGCAUCUCUCUUUCUUUGCCAGGUACUCAUCAUUUGACCAUGGAGACGUUGAGAUCAUUGAGACACUUCCAGAAGAGCCGGUAAAGACGGUACCGCUUCUCAUUAUUA